CGUCACGACCUCCAUGAUGAUGUGCACAGGCUUUACUACAUUUCAUCAAUCUCUUCCUUCACCACCAUGAGACUUCUCUCUUUCAUCGUCGCUACGCUCAUAGCGGGUGCAUACACCUCCAAUGUUAUAGAUCUCACUUCAGAUAACUGGGACCAAGUAGUUGGUCAAGGCAAACCCGGUCUCAUUGAAUUCUUUGCUCCCUGGUGUGGGCAUUGUAAAAAUCUUGCUCCCAUAUACGAACAGCUAGCGGAUGCUUUUACACAUGCCAAAGACAAGGUUUACAUUGCUAAAGUUGAUGCCGACGGGGAUGGCAAGGAUUUGGCAAAGAAGUACGGUGUUACCGGCUACCCAACAUUAAAAUGGUUUGACGCUGACGGCAAGGACGAGCCAUAUGAGGAUGGUCGUGAUAUUGAAGCUCUCGCAGGCUUCGUAACGAAGAAGUCAAAUGUCAAGUCCAACAUUAAACCUCCAUCCCCGCCUGACUAUCAUAUUCUCGAUAUUCACUCUUUCGACGAUGUGGCUUUGGAUGAGUCCAAGAAUGUUUUGGUUUCUUUCACUGCUCCGUGGUGCGGUCAUUGUAAGGCCAUGAAGCCCACUUACGAGAAAGUUGGAACAACAUUCAAGCCCGAAAGCGAUUGCAUCGUGGCCAACUUGGACGCUGACGACAAGAAGAACACUGGGAUUGCCCAGCGGUACGGAGUUACUGGAUUCCCAACGAUCAAAUUCUUCCCCAAGGGCAGCAAAGAGCCUAUCGCGUACGAAGGUGGACGGACUGAGGCCGACUUUGUCCAGUUCCUGAACGAAAAGUGUGGUACGCACCGUGCUGUCGGAGGCGGACUUAAUGAUGAGGCCGGCCGCGUUUCAGAAUUUGACGCCCUUGCUUCCAAAUUCUUCGUUGCCACUGCUGAUGCGAGGGACUCGUUGUACAAGGAAGCUCUCGCACUUUCCGGGACAAUUGGCGUCGCUUCCAAGCAUUAUUUGCGUGUCAUGGAAAAGGUUGUCAAUUCUAGCGAGAAGUAUCUCGAAAAGGAAUCCAAGCGAUUGGAAAGUAUACUCCAGAAACGUAACAUGGCACCCGCAAAACUCGACGAGAUCAAGAUCAAAGCGAACAUUCUUCGUUCUUUCGCUGAGCAGAAGAAGGAGGAAGCAGAAGGGAAAGCGGAGGAAACGAUUCGCAAGGCGACCGCAGAACUGUAAGGAAGCUGGACAUGUAUUUAUCCAUUCGAUAUCACAUGUGGCACACCGGACCAACACGUUUGUGUCGCAUUCCCACAAAAAGUUAACAAGGUCCGAAAUAUCGACAUAUCUUUGCAAUUCUUUUGUAAUUAAAGUUGUGGAUCACUCGGUUGCUAACUUCUUUGACGC